AUGAAGAAAAAAUCAACACAUCUCUAUCUUCCAUGCCUCCUGACGUUGUUUCUAGCGUUACUCCGUCCAACCACCGGAGACGCAAGAACUCGAGCCGUAAGAAUCACAUGCUCACCACAGCUCGAGCGCAACGAAACCGUUUACAUUUCCAACUUCGUCGCCACGUGGGACAAAGUCCUCCAACAGGUUCAGACCAACGGUUUCGGAGUCGCUUCCACGGGUUCAGGACCAUCUUCUAACUACGGUCUCGCCCAGUGUUACGGAGAUCUGUCUUUAAACGACUGUUUCCUCUGUUACUCGGAAGCACGCGCCAACCUUCCACAGUGUUACCCUCAGAACGGUGGUCGUGUCUUCCUCGACGGGUGUUUCAUGAGAGCUGAGAACUAUAGUUUCUUCAACGAGUUCAAAGGACCAGAAGACGACGUCGUGUGCGGCGGGACCACGACGAGGAUGAGGAGAGAGGAGAAGAGUUUUGGAGAAGCGGUGAGACUGGUGGUGAGAAACGCGGUCGCUGCGGCUCCUGGGAACGGAGGGUACGCUCGCGGUGCGUCUGCGAACGCGUUUGUGUUGGCGAACUGCUGGAGAAGUUUGAGUGCUGAGUCUUGUAAACAGUGUUUGGAGGAUGCUUCUGCUUCUGUGGUUAGCAAGUGCUUGCCGUGGUCAGUAGGGCGAGCGAUUCACACGGGGUGUUUCCUUAGGUACUCUGAUCAUGAUUUCUUGAACAAGAUACCAAGAAACCGAAGAUCAAGAGGCUCUGUAGUUGUGAUUGUUGUCUCAGUGCUUAGCUCUGUGUUUCUGUUCAUUGUUGGAAUAGCUGUAGGUGUUAAUAUCAGCAAACACCGGACCAUAGAGAAGAAGAGAAGAGGAUCAAAUGAUGUUGAAAAAAUGGCGAAAAUUUUGACUAACAGUAGCUUGAACUUCAAAUACACAACUCUGGAGAAGGCCACUGGUUCAUUUGACAGCGCAAACAUGCUUGGACAAGGCGGGUUUGGAGCUGUCUUCAAGGGGGUUCUUCCAGAUGGAAGAGAUAUUGCUGUGAAACGGUUGUUCUUCAAUAACACGCACAGAGCAGGAGAUUUCUACAAUGAAGUCAACAUUAUCAGCACUGUUGAACACAAGAACCUCGUCAGGCUCCUUGGCUGCAGCUGUUCAGGACCAGAGAGUAUCCUUGUCUAUGAGCAUAUUCAGAACAAGAGCCUAGAUCGAUUCAUCUUUGAUGUGAAGAGAGGCAAAACACUAGACUGGCAGAGAAGAUUCGUGAUCAUUGUUGGAACAGCAGAGGGACUGGUGUAUUUGCACGAGCAGUCGACUGUGAGAAUUAUCCACAGAGACAUCAAAGCAAGCAACAUCCUUCUAGACUCGAAGUUCCAAGCUAAAAUAGCUGACUUUGGUCUGGCAAGAUCGUUCCAGGAGGACAAGAGCCACAUCAGUACUGCCAUUGCAGGGACUUUGGGUUAUAUGGCUCCAGAGUACGUGGUACAUGGUCAGCUAACAGAGAAGGUAGAUGUAUACAGCUUCGGAGUUCUUGUAUUAGAGAUUGUAACUGGGAAGCAGAUCACCAAAAGUGAAAUGUCAGAAUACUUGGUCACAGAAGCAUGGAAACAUUUUCAGUCAGGGGACUUGGAGGAAAUAUUUGAUCCAAACCUGAACUGGAAGAAUCAUAACGACAGUAUCACCAUCAAGAAGGAGAUAGUGAGGGUUGUUCAGAUAGGGCUCUUGUGCACUCAAGAGAUAGCUUCGCUAAGACCAUCAAUGUCAAAGGUGUUGCAGAUGCUAAAGAACAAAAAGGAAGUAUUGCCAUUGCCAAGUAAUCCUCCCUUUUUGGAUGAAAAUGUCAUGGAACUUGCACAUGUUUCUAAUAGCACUCCACCUACUUAUACAUCUCAUGCCACCAUCUCGCAAAACUCCUUGUACUGUAGAUGAGUCUUUGAAGAACUGCACAAGGACAGCAAAAGCAGUGUUGAGCACAAACCAAAAUGUUGUGUAUAAACCGAAAAAAGAGAUAAAGAGUUAAGGUUAUAUUUGGAACUUGUUAUAAGUAAAGAAGAGAAGAGAUGAACUGAUGUGUCUUAUUCAUUGUAUAAUGAGUUUUUUUAUAUAUGAUUACA